AUGGAGGGAGGACUCGAGGCUGGUUUUUCUGGGGGCGAGGCCGGGCCGGUGGCGGGCCCCGUCGCCGGCCCGCAGCAAGAGGGGAUUGAGCGGGUGUUUCCCUGUGUCAAGCUACGCGGUCUUCCGUUCGAUGUGAACGAAGACGAGAUCAGGGCGUUCCUGGAGAUCGAGGCGCUCGACAUCCUCCUCGUGAAGCGGGACGGCCGAUUCUCCGGCGAGGCGUUCAUAUUGCUCGGCACGGCGGCCCACAUCCAGCUUGCACUCGACAAAAACAAGUCAUACAUGGGCCGGCGGUACGUGGAGGUCUUCCGUGCCAAGAAGCUGGAUUACUACAAAGCGGUCCUAGCUGAGAUGCUGGAUGGUACAGGCAUGGGCCGCGGCGUCGUCGGCCGCGGCGGGCCGCAGGGCGGGCACGGCGGGAUGGGCAUGCAGCACGGCGGCUAUGGCGGCAUGGCCAUGCAGCAAGGAUACGGCAUGCAGGCCUAUGGCGGCUACGGCGGCGGCUACCCCAACGGCGGCGGCUACGGCGGCGGCUAUGGCGGCGGCGGCGGCAUGCACGGGGGCAUGGGCGGCGGCGGCAUGGGCGCGGCGGCGCCGCGGGAGGAGCCGAGCAACGUGGUGCGGCUUCGGGGCCUGCCGUUCAGCGCGGGCAAGGAUGACAUCAUCCGGUGGUUUGAGGACGUCGCGGUCGCGCCGCCGACGCAAGACGGUGUCCACAUCAUCACCGACGGCGGCCGUCCCACCGGCGUGGCGCUUGUCGAGUUCGGCUCCGCCCAGGAGGCGCAGGCGGCCAUGGUCAAGGACAAGCAGAUGAUGGGCACCAGGUACAUAGAGGUUUUCCUGUCCAGCAGGGACGAGCUGCAGAGGUACCUGCCGAGAAGCUACUGA